AUGUCACGUUUUUUAUCAACUAUAUUUUUCUUCUCGUUCUCCUUAAGUCCCAAAUUUGCUGAGCAAAUUGCCAAAUUGAAAUUCAAUCUCAGUCCGAGCAAUGAUGAGGAAAAAGCAACAGCUGUCUCCAAGGAUGACCAGGCAACAGAGGACAGCAAAAAGGAAUCGGAGGUUAAUCACGCCACAGACAAGAAGAAACAAGAACGUGAUAAGAAAAAGAAACCAGAUUCUAAACAUAAUUUUCAACCAUCAAUGCGUUGGCAAAUAUUUGAGGAAAAAGACUCUAAAGAAAAACCUGAAACGAAGAAAAACGUGUCACGCCUACAGACGAGUACUACAGGUCUCUUCAAAUCUAUCUUUUUCUGUUCAUUAUCUAUCUAUCUAUCUAUGUCUCUUCAUUCUCUUCAAAUCUAUCUAUCUAUCUAUCUAUCUAUCUUAUUCUGGUCAUUAUCUAUCUAUCUAUCUAUCUAUCUAUCUAUCUAUCUAUCUAUGUCUCUUCAUAUCUAUCUAUUUAUCAAUCUACCACAAUUCUCUAUCAAAAUUUCAUCGUAUUCUUUGUCUGUGUCUCUCUCCUUUCCUCGUCUACUUCCCUCGUCCCUGUUCUUUUAA